GAUAAAACAUUAGCAAAUUGCAAUUAGUUUGGUGAAAGGAUUCCACCAUUAUAGUUCUUCCAUAAAGCUCUUUUUUGCCCCAUAACAAAUUGACAUUCCUCUUAAUAUGAACAAACUCCAUCACAAUCAAGUAGAUCUCUCUCUACCAAAUUACCUCUUCAUAUCUACCAGCAACUACAUUGCUUCAUCCAGAAUUUUCUUAUCUUACAUCAAAAUCUUCAAUAAAUAUCUCUUUGCCUCCUAGCUUUUAAACAAAACUUGUAACAACUCCCAAGUCAAGCAUGAGGCCUAAAACACAUAGUUCACUUAGCCUAAAGCUUCUUCUCAUAUGUGUUUUCAUAGCUUUCUUACUUCUCUUUGUGUUGAGAUCAACAUUAACAUCAUCCAGUGUAACUACGUCAUCAUCAAGUAGUACUUGUUCAUCACCAAAAUGUAACAAAAUCCCAUCAUCAGUAGCAAAAUCACUCAUUCACUACACAACCUCAGCCAUCACUCCACAACAAAUACAGAAAGAGAUAUUAGUAACAUCCAAGAUUCUAGACAAGAAAUCACCUUGCAACUUCCUUGUAUUUGGUCUUGGACAUGAUAGCCUGAUGUGGCACACACUCAACUAUGGAGGACGAACGAUUUUCCUCGAAGAAGACGAGGCAUGGAUACAACAAAUCAAGAAGAGAUUUCCCAUGUUAGAAUCCUACCAUGUUACAUAUGAUAGUAAAGUGAAUCAAGCAAAUGUUUUAAUACAAGCAGGGAAAGGAACAGAGUGUACAACUAUAGCUGAUCCUAGAUAUUCAAUGUGUCAACUUGCCUUAAAGGGUCUGCCUAGUGAAAUAUAUGACAUAAAAUGGGAUUUAAUCAUGGUGGAUGCACCAACAGGGUACUAUGAGGAUGCACCAGGGAGAAUGACAGCAAUUUAUACAGCAGGAAUGAUGGCAAGGAACAGAGAAGAUGGAGAGACACAUGUGUUUGUGCAUGAUGUGAAUAGGGAUGUUGAAGACAAUUUUUCUAGGGAAUUUUUGUGUGAUGGAUAUAUGAAGAAACAAGUUGGGAGGUUAAGGCAUUUUACAAUUCCUAGUCAUAAGAGCAACUUGGAUAUGCCAUUUUGCCCCUAGAUUUUCUUGAUUUUUUUUUUGGUCCAUGUUGCUCGUACUCUUGAAAAUGUCAGUGGAUGAUUGUUAGAUCCUCCAAAAGUAGUGCAUUUUUGAAGGAUCCAAUGUAUGUGCAACUACAUUUUUGGGGAAAUCGAGCAACAUAGUUUUUUGUUUAGUUUAUGUGUUCAUUUUUUGAGGGAUGUGUGAUUGGGAAGAUCCUCAUGAUGGAUCAAUGAGGAUAUUGUUUUUUGAGAGAGGAGAGUAAAGCAAUAAUACCAAUAAAUUGGGAAUGUUAUGAUAUGAGGUAUAAUAGAGAGACAUAUGAAGCUAUGGCUACUUUUUCAUG